UCUCUCUCCCUCUAUCUUUUCUCAGACCUUGUUCAUUCCCUCUGCACUCUCUCCUUCUUUCUGAGACCUUGUUCGUUCCCUCUUAGUGAGUCUGAUAGAGGAGAGGAAACAAGAGGCAAGAAAUAUUCAGAAUCCCAAAACACUAAAAGAGAACAGAAACUCUGACUAGUUUGCUCGUGUGUGUGUUGUUUUGGGUGUGUGUGUGUGUGUGUGUGUUGGUGUUAGCCAACCCCAAACCCAGCUGAGCUAACUGCCGCUCUGCUAUCCUGUCAUUGAAGACAGGAGGAAACUGGACGGACUGGAAGGACGAGUGGACGGAGAGAGAGAGAGAGAGAAGGUGACAGAGGGAAGGAAAAGGUAGAGGGAACAGAAGAGAGGAGAGGAGAGGAAGAGAGAAGAUGAGACACUGACAGUUGGACUUUUAAAUGGUGGCAACAGAACGAUCUGACUCUUACCCGAACACAACACCUGGCACCACAUCUGAUUGGAUGGUUUAGUCAGAAUGACAGCCGAAGAUCCCGCCUCCUCCUCUUCAGCCAUGAGUAAUAACCCAGCGCCUUCCGGUUCCAACCCCCCAGGCCCUUCCCAUCACUUCCCGCAUGGACCAAUCACAGUGCCCGAGGGUGUGUCCGGGGCCCACAACGAAGCGGCCCUAGUGUCUCUGAUGGAGCGUACGGGGUACGGCAUGGUGCAGGAGAACGGUCAGAGGAAAUACGGCCCCCCGCCGGGCUGGGAAUCCGCCUCCCCGCCACGCGGCUGUGAGAUCUUCGUGGGUAAGAUCCCCCGGGACGUCUACGAAGACGAGCUGGUCCCGGUGUUCGAGUCGGCGGGUCAGAUCUACGAGAUGCGUCUGAUGAUGGACUUUGACGGUAAGAACCGUGGCUACGCCUUCGUCAUGUACACACAGAAACACCAGGCUAAACGCGCCGUGCGGGAGCUCAACAACUACGAGGUGCGUCCCGGACGCCUCCUAGGGGUCUGCUGCUCUGUGGACAACUGUCGCCUCUUCAUCGGGGGCAUCCCCAAAACCAAGAAGAGAGAGGAGAUCCUGGAGGAGGUGUCCAAGGUGACGGAGGGCGUCCUGGACGUCAUAGUGUACGCCAGCGCGGCGGACAAGAUGAAGAACCGGGGCUUUGCCUUCGUGGAGUAUGAGAGUCACCGUGCCGCGGCCAUGGCGCGCAGGAAGCUGAUGCCCGGCAGAAUCCAGCUGUGGGGGCACCAGAUCGCCGUGGACUGGGCGGAGCCGGAGAUAGACGUCGACGAGGACGUCAUGGAGACCGUGAAGAUUCUAUACGUCAGGAACCUGAUGAUGGAGACCAGCGAGGACACACUGAGACAGGUGUUUGGCCAGUGGAACCAGGGCUGCGUGGAACGUGUCAAGAAGAUCCGCGACUACGCCUUUGUCCACUUCUCGUCCCGUGACGAUGCCGUGGUUGCCAUGGACCACCUGAACGGGACGGAGGUGGAGGGGUCCUGUAUCGAGGUCACCCUGGCUAAGCCUGUCGACAAGGAGCAGUACACGCGUUACCAGAAGGCAUCUAAAGGGGGCGCUACAGCGGCCGCGGCCGUGGCAGCUCCGGAACCAGUCCAGCAGAACUACGUGUACCAGUGUGACCCCUACACCCUCACCUACUAUGGGUACCCUUACAACACGCUGAUCGGACCCAACAGGGACUACUUCAUCAAAGGAGGCCCAAUGAUACAGACCAAUGCAGGUGCUGUGCGAGGUCGAGGCCGAGCGACGGCAGGUAGCCGUGCCCCCGGCCCCCGGGGGUCAUACCUGGGUGGUUACUCUGCUGGGCGGGGUAUCUACAGCCGGUACCAUGAAGGCAAAGCCAAGGGCCCCGACAACAAGGCCUACGAGCUGGUACCCUCUAUGGAGCUGACUGCCUCAGUCAACCCGUUGGGCAUCAAGCCUUGCACAAUGGGCCUGCAGGCUCUAGGAGGCCAGUACCCGGUGUUCCAGGGAGCCAAGCUGAUGGAGGAAGGGAAGAUGCAUCACUCUGUGGAACACCUCAUUAACCCCCUGGCCCUGCAGCACGACCACACAGCCCAGAACACACAGACUGUUAUACCUGCUGUCUCCUCCCCUCCACCCUACCAGGGUCGUCCCAUCACGCCAGUGUACACCAUGACCCACAACAUGCAGCGUAUCCCCACGGCCAGUGGUCUGUAUGGAGCAGGCUAUAUGCCCAUCACCAACUACAACGCUGCUGCCCUGGCAGCCCUGCAGAAGAACGCAGCCGUGGCGGCUGCAGCCUACGGAGGGUACGCGGGUUACGCCGUGCCCCAGGCCUUCCCUGCCGCAGCGUUUCAGGUGCCCAUCCACGAUGUCUACCAGACCUACUGACAACAUCUACCAGACCUACUGACAACAUCUACCAGCUACCAGACCUACUGACAACAUCUACCAGCUACCAGACCUACUGACAACAUCUACCAGACCUACUGACAACAUCUACCAGCUACCAGACCUACUGACAACAUCUACCAGCUACCAGACCUACUGACAACAGAUACCAGACCUACUGACAACAGCUACCAGACCUACUGACAACAUCUACCAGACCUACUGACAACAGAUACCAGCUACCAGACCUACUGAUAACAGAUACCAGCUACCAGACCUACUGACAACAGAUACCAGACCUACUGACAACAGCUACCAGACCUACUGACAACAUCUACCAGACCUACUGACAACAGAUACCAGCUACCAGACCUACUGACAACAGAUACCAGACCUACUGACAACAGCUACCAGACCUACUGACAACAUCUACCAGACCUUCUGAUAACAGAUACCAGCUACCAGACCUACUGACAACAGAUACCAGUCCUACUGACAACAGCUACCAGACCUACUGACAACAUCUACCAGACCUACUGACAACAGAUACCAGCUACCAGACCUACUGACAACAGAUACCAGACCUACUGACAACAGCUACCAGCUGUCUGGUCCACAACGCCUGUUCAACCACCACUCAACGUUCAAACAACUUGUGUGUCACGACGUCAGGAACUACAGACGACCUACAGAAGACCUCAUCCCCACAUAUCACCUCUCCCCUGUUCAAAUAACGACACGUCAACUCAAUGUCUUCAACAGCGACGUCUACGCAACGUCCACAAUGUCAAAAAACAAACUAAAUGGACCCUUUAACACAAACUCUACUCUGUGUCGGUUCUUCAACGUCAGCCCAACAUCUAGGCUACGUUAUGACGUGCGCCAAACCUUCAACGUUUUAACAACGUCCUACUGACAGGUUCACAUUGGUCCUAAUGAAUACUGGACCAGACGUUCCCCAAUGUUCACACAACAUUCACACAAUAUAUUCUAUGAAUAGAAUAGAGCCUAUAUCGCUCAUAUUCAAAUCUGGAGAGUUCCUCUGCUUUGUUUCAUUGUUCUCCUCUAAUCAGGGACUGAUUUAGACCUGAGACACCAGUCAUUGUUCUCCUCUGAUCAGGGCCUGAUUUAGACCUGAGACACCAGUCAUUGUUCUCCUCUGAUCAGGGCCUGAUUUAGACCUGAGACACCAGGUGGGUGAUUCCCCUCUAAUCAGGGCCUGAUUUAGACCUGGGACACCAGGUGGGUACCAUUAAUGACCAGGUAGAGGAGAAAAACAGCAUUAGUCCAGAUCUUGUAGGUAUCCCAGGAAUCCCCAGGGUCUAUAAUCAUCCACUUCCAUCAGAACCAUUGAUGUAUAGCAGACUGUGUAGAAGAAAACAUAUAAGACCCAAUGAAGGAGAUGUGGUCUGGUCAUGGGUUGAAGUGCUCACCUUGAGCUUUACGCUCAACAUCACCCCACCCCCACAUUCUAUGACAUCACUUCAUCACCCUG